GAGGCCUAAAUGCUGCAUAUACAUUGUCAGUUAUUGUGGUAGUUAUAUAGGGAGCUAAUUUGACAAUCACUGGUUUAAUGAGCCCCGGUGCUCUAACGUCCUUCAUUCUUUAUAGUCUCACAGUUGGAUCUUCCGUGUCCGGACUCUCAGGGUUAUACACUAUCGCAAUGAAAGCUACAGGAGCCAGCAGGCGUGUCUUUUAGCUUCUGGAUUGAGCCUCAUCGAUGCCGAAAUCGGGAAAUAAGUAUCCAUUGGGUGAUCAAGAUGGAGAAGUUGAGUUGGAUGAGGUCUGGUUUGCCUAUCCAUCCCGUCCUAACCAUAUGGUACUCAAGGGAAUAACACUUAAACUGCAGCCAGGAUCAAAAGUGGCUCUUGUUGACCCUAGUGGUGGAGGAAAAAGCACGAUAGCAAGCUUGAUCGAAAGGUUUUAUGAUCCAAUGAAGGGAAAGAUUCUAUUGAAUGGGGUUCCUUUGGUAGAAAUAUCACAUGAAUAUCUUCACAGAAAGAUCAGCAUAGUAAGCCAGGAACCAAUCCUUUUCAACUGCUCGAUAGAGGAAAAUAUAGCUUACGGAUGUGAAGGCCAAGCCGAUAUUAAUGAUAUCGGAAACACACCAAAAAUGGCCAAUGCACUUGAAUUCAUAUCGAAAUUCCCAGACAAAUAUCAAACUCAUGUCGGAGAGCGUGGAGUACGGCAUUCGGGGGGACAGAAGCAGAGGGUAGCGAUAGCAAGAGCGUUGCUGAUGAAUCCGAAAAUUCUCCUAUUGGAUGAAGCCACAAGUGCUCUGGAUUCCAUUUUCUUCCAUUUGUCCGAAACCACCAAGCUCACCAAGGAUGCCAUGGAUUCUCUGAUGAAAGGAAGAACCGUUGUAGUGAUAGCUCAGUUGCUAUCUACGGUCCAAAGUGCAGAUACCGUGGCGGUUGUUUCCGAUGGACAGAUUGUUGAAAGUGGCAAUCACGAAGAGCUUCUUAGCAGUGAUGGUGUUUACAUUGCAUUAAUUCGGAGACAAUUACAAGCACCCAAAACAAACUUGUAG